AUGGCAUCGCUCAACCUGUCCAUUAACGGCCCCUCCAUCAAGAGUAGCUACCAGGGGGUCGUCAACGGUCAGCUACCCAAGUCAGACUCGCCAACCUACGCCCAAUGGGCUCUGUUCACAGUCCAAGCUCCUUUGCUCAACGCCUUUCAAGAUGGCGGGGCAAAGGAGAGUAUUCUCAAGGUCGAAACCAAAGGAGAGGGUGAGCUUGCCGACUUGAUCGAAGACUUCAGCGAAGGCCGUAUCCAAUUCGCCUUUGUCAAGGUCAAAGAUCCCAACACUGCUCUGCCAAAGAAUGUCCUCAUUGCUUGGUGUGGAGGCGGCGUCCCCGAACGAACAAAAGGCUACUUUACCAGCCACUCAGCAGCCGUCGCCAAAAUCCUCCAUGGCUACCACGUCCAGAUAACCGCACGAUCAGACAGCGAUCUGGAGCCCGCCGCCAUCAUACAGAAGGUCUCGGAUGCCUCUGGCGCCAAGUACACCGCCGGUGGCUCCGCUCCCAUGCCCGCACCAGCUGCCCCUCCGGUCGCCAAGAAGCCCGUGUUCACCCCAACAGCGAGCACUGGAGGCUCUUUCAACCCCCUCGUGGCCGCACGUAACCGAAGAGACGACAACGUCGACGCAGACGGCUGGGGUGCUGAUGCGCCGCCCGUGACCAGGACGCAGUUGGAAAAGGUGGACUCGGCCUACAAGCCUACCAAGGUGAACCUGGCGGAUCUGACCAAGAAUCAGGAACCGUCCAGGUUCAACGGGUCUGGCCGGCAAGAUGACACGCCCAGUGAUGUUGUUAAAGGUGGAUAUCAACCUAUCGGAAAGGUGGACAUUGCUGCACUCCGAGCGCAGGCGAAGAACCAGGAAGACCUCCGCCCUACUCCCGUGAAAGGCUCAUACGAGCCCGUUGGCAAGGUCGACAUUGCCUCCAUCCGAGCCCGCGCCCAGAAGCCUGCCGAACCUGCCGAUGAAGAGGCGCCUCGGCCCUCGGUCUCUGAACGAUCAUCGGCUUUCAGCCAGCCCGCACAGUCUGAGCGCCUCACCACUCUGCCCAAGCCCAAAGUUGCCAACAAGUUCGGCGGAGCGAGCAGUUUUACCGGCACGAAAGCUCCCACUCCUGGCGGGCUGGGUUUUGGCGCCCCAUCUGUCCCUGCAGCCGCUCCUGUCGGCGCUGCUAGCCGCACCUUCGCAGAUCAAGGAGGCAAGACCCCAGCCCAGCUGUGGGCGGAGAAGAAGGCUAGAGAGAGGGGUUCUUCGGGCUCGGGCGCGGACCUGCCGCCUCCAGCCACGUCCCCGAUGUCUGCUCAGAAGAGCGGAGGCGAGUGGAAGAGCGGAUACAGUGGCAAGAGCUGGGGCACUGUCCAGACCGGGGCUUACGGUCGAGGCAUCCCCGGACAAAAGACGGGCGACACAGUGGGAUCCAAUGAGCCGGAGCAACCUUCUUCGCCGUCUGGAGGCGUUUCUGCCCUCAAGGAUCGAUUCAAGGGGGGACCGCCUAUGGGUGCUGCUGCGCCUGCGAUCCCCCGGGCUGGCACCGGUGCCAGCGAUGACUCCCCUCCGCCGCCACCCCCAGAGACGAGCCGUCCUUCGGGUGGAUUCGCGUUGCCAGGUUUGCCUUCGCGACCUGCGGCGGAUGAAGAGGAGGUUGAGGAGGAGCCGGCGCGGGACACCUCGCCUAUCCGAGUGGCUGCCCCGGUCCCACGUGUUGCUGAGCCCGAGAUCGAGCCAGCACCGCAACAACUCCCAUCGCGCCCUAUACCUGUUCCUGAGGAGGUACCCCGAGAGCAGGAGCUACCCGAAGAGCAGCCCACUCAUGACCUAGCUCGUGGUGCAGCAACUGCUGUGGCAGAAGAAGCCUUUGGUCACAAUCAAGUGCAGGAGGCUCAGGCUGGCCCCACAGGUGGCAAGCGCGCUAUCAUCGAGUACGACUAUGAAAAGGCUGAGGAGAACGAGCUUGAGCUCAGGGAAGGAGAAUAUGUGACAAAUAUUGACAUGGUCGACGACGACUGGUGGAUGGGCAUGAAUUCGAGGGGUGAGAGCGGUUUAUUCCCCAGCAACUACGUCACACUGGUCGACGACGACGAUGACACGGCUGGUGCUGGCCAAGCUGCCGCCCCUCCCCCGCCUCCAGCAGCAGCAGCUCAGCCUGAGCCCCAGGCCGCGGCUGAUGGAGGUGCCGUUGCGACGGCACUCUUUGACUAUGAAGCAGCCGAGGACAAUGAAUUGAGCUUUGCGGAGGGUGACAAGAUCACAAACCUGGAGUUCCCAGAUGAUGACUGGUGGUUUGGUCACCGUGGGGCCAAGUCUGGACUCUUCCCCGCCAACUAUGUGGAGCUUGAUGCUUAA